AUGGGGAUUUUUGCAAAUGAGGCACAAAUGGUGGCACGUUUGGAUGAAGGUGUGUUGAGGGGCAGCACGGGGCCUAUAGAGAGAGAUGAUAGGCCAAUGUAUAGGUCAGACCUACCACUCGGUUCUCAAGCCAGGUAUUGUCAGCAUGGGGGGUGGGCCCAUGCGGGGAUAACGCAUGGUUAUCAGCAGUCAAGCCAGGUUGUGACUGGUGAACGUUUGAGACAGGGUAAUAUGGAGCGUGACAGGCAGUAUGAUAUGGCGCAUACGCAAAGAGGAGUGAAUGAGGACACAAUUAGAAGGGCAGUAGAAGCUGCACUGCGUGAGGUUCAGGAGGCUAGGCCCCUGCCUGGGUUUAGUGAUCACGCCCAGGAGGGGGCACGGCAGGAACAGGCUAUUAGGAGUGCUGUGGUGCUGGAACAGUCGGCAGCAAGAAUGGAUUCGGGAUCCAAUAGCGCCCUGGUGGUGGCAGGGCCCAGCAACAGUCAAUUGGGUGCAACACAGCAGGGGCCAGCAGGAGCAGAGACGACAGGAGAUGGUGAGUGCAAUGCACCUGACAGAAUGCACACUGACACAGGGUCUUCCACAAGUGGGUCUGGUUCUGACAGUGGGGAGGAUCUAGACCUAGUGGGAAAGGGGCAGCGCAGAAUGUUCAGAUGGAUAAAGAAGAUGGCGUCUGCGCAGGCUAAGGACAGGGCAGGGGUUAAAAGCCAGGCAAUGGAGGUUCAAGGGUCACAGGGACCAGGGGGCUCUAUAGCUUCGGUGGGCCCAGUGCCCCGUAAGGUAGCGGCGCAGGGGGAUACUUACCCCUGUUUAGUACACUCACUUUACGGACAUCUAAAGCAGAAGGUCGUAAAGAAGAUUCAGGAGGGUAAAUACAUUAACGUGUUUGACCUCUCCCUUUAUGCUUAUAGGGCGAAAGAGAGGGCGGCUGAUGGGUCUGGCCCUAAGAGGGUGCAUAGGGCAGAGACAUACGAGGAAUGGCUUAAAUGCUUCCGUGUCUUGGCCGCUUGCUACGUAGACAGGUGGCCCUUGCAGGGGCACAACCUGUUUAAGUACCAGGAGACGGUGGAGGAUAUCCACACGAGGUUUAAGGAAGGUAGCAUCAAUAACUCAGCAGGGGAAUACUGUGUAGAUCAGCCACUUGCCAUAGAAUCAUUACCAGGAGAAUCUGUUACUAUUCCAUGCAAGUAUUCAUAUCCUAGUGGUAUUGCAAAUGUGAUAAGUACAAAUAUCAGCUGGAGAACAUGUCUUGAAAAUUUUUGUAAUGAUGAAAUUUACAACAACACCAGAAACUUCACAGUUUCCCUUUCCUUAAAUGCUCAAGCUCAAGAAGGGGCCGUCACAAUAAAGAACAUAACUUCAAAUUUGAAUUUCAAAUAUUGUUGCCGUAUAAGAUUGGAUAUACAAAAUGGAAAACCAGUGGAAUGGCAGCAUCCAAAUGGUACCCGGUUAACUGUGAAAGGUGAAAAUUUGAUUUUGGAUCAGCCAAGUUACAUUGCCGUUCCGAUUAAGGACAGUGUGACAAUUCCUUGUCAUUACAGAACAGGCAACAGUGUAUCCAUUUUGUCAUUAACUAGUGUCCAAUGGAGUUCUGGUGACACUCCAUCUUGUACAAAUGUCAUAUAUAACAGCACAACUAAUUAUACACAUGAGAGCUACAUAGGACGGAUCUCUCCGGUGGAAAAAGGAUUAGCUUCCAUCUACAUCAAGCAUGUUAAGGCUUCAGACAACCACUGGUAUUGCUGCCGUGUUGAAAUCAUGACAACAAGUGGAAAACUGAGCUCAACUUAUAAUAAAGGAACACAGGUUAUUGCUAAAGAACCAACAAAUAUUCUUAACGUCACUCAAACAGAAAAAGUAAUAUCCAGCACAUCAUUCAACCGGGUGACCAUCAGCUGCAAUUUUAUCCAACCCAAAGACAAAGAAUUGAUGUCUUUUGACGUGUACUGGAUGGCUGGGAAAUACAAAGAAGACUAUGUCUAUCACCACAAAACAGAUUUUAUACACCCCUUAUAUAAAGGCAAGACCCAGCUGGUAAACAAAUCACAUCUUCUCCUGGAGGUGAUGCAUGAUAUGGAUAACACCACAUUUUAUUGCCGUGUGGUAAUAAGAAAGUACUUGCCAAAGAUAAACAAGCAACCUUAUUUUAUUGACACUUUACUAGCUGAAGGUCCUGGAACUCUUCUUAAAGUCUACGAUACUUCCUCGCAUACAGCAGUUGCUGUAGGGUGUGUGGUUGCUCUCCUUGUUUUCUUUCUAAUAGGUGUAUUCUACAUUUUGAAAAGGAAAGGGGCAAAUAAACAAGAGACAAGCAUAAGACAGACACAACAGGUCUACUCAGAAGUCCAUGAAGAAAUCAAAAGAGGGGCAAAUAAACAAGAGACAAGCAUAAGUCAGACACAACAGGUCUACUCAGAAGUCCCUGAAGAAAUCAAAAGAGAACAUGAAGAUUCAGAAUACUUUGUGAGCCAACAAGAGGAGGAUUGCUUGCUUUAUGCUUCUGUGGAGCACUCAGCCCCAGAAAAACGCAAAUUAUCAGCUGAUCCUGUAUCAGAAAUCGUCUACGCUGUUGUGAAACGUGACUGAUUGGGACUGGUGACUUCCCCUGCUUUUCUUUUUAAGAUGUUAUCUCACCUAAAUAGUGGUUACUUAACCAAAACAACUCUCUAACCUGUUUCUAAGAAAGAAUACAAGAAACCUGUUGGCGGUUUAUAGCACCAAUAUACUAUACAAAUAACCUUCCUUUAUAGUACAAUAUUCACUUUGUUGGCAGCCCUUAAAUGUUUCCUAUCUCCAAUCCCUGCUUUGUCUACCUGGAAAUAUAAAUUUACUUUACUACAAAAGAGUAACAAAAUGUGUUUAGUUUCUGUUUAUCAUAUUUAUUUAACUGGUGCAUUAAUUUUGUUUUAAUUAGAGACAUGAAACACAGUUGUUUUUUUCUUUCAUAAUUACAAUAAAUUAUACAAUAAAAUAUACAGUUUUAAGCAA